AUGUCUCAAUUAUUAGCUAAAUCUACUACAAAAACGUAUAGUUUACUCUCAAAGAGGGUAUUAACUCAAGCAAGAUUUUAUGCUCAACCAACUUUAAAAGAAAGAUUUGCAGAAAUUUAUCCACAAAAAGCUGCAGAAAUUAAGCAAUUUAAAAAAGAUCAUGGUUCAACAGUUAUCGAUACAGUUAAAUUAGAGCAAGCUUAUGGUGGUAUGCGUGGUAUUAAAUCAAUGGUUUGGGAAGGUUCAGUUUUAGAUCCUGAAGAAGGUAUUAGAUUUAGAGGUUUAACAAUUCCAGAAAUUAGAGAUAAAUUACCAAAAGCAACAAAGGAUUCAAAAGAGCCAUUGCCAGAAGGUUUAUUUUGGUUAUUAUUAACAGGUGAAAUUCCAUCAGCUGAACAAGUUAAAGCUUUAUCUGUUGAUUUAGCUUCAAGAUCUGAAUUACCAGAACAUGUUAAUAUUUUAUUAGAUAAUUUACCAAAACAUUUACAUCCAAUGGCUCAAUUCUCAAUUGCUUUAAAUGCACUAGAAUCUGAAUCAAAAUUUGCUAAAGCUUAUGCACAAGGUGUUAAUAAAAAAGAAUAUUGGACUUAUACAUUUGAAGAUUCUUUAGAUUUAUUAGGUAAAUUACCUGUCAUUGCUUCAAAAAUUUACCGUAACGUUUUUAAAGAUGGUAAAUUAGGUAAAGUUGAUUUAAAUGCUGAUUAUGGUAAAAAUUUAGCAAAUUUAAUGGGUUUUGAAAACGGUGAUUUUGUUGAAUUAAUGAGAUUAUAUUUAACAAUUCAUUCUGAUCAUGAAGGUGGUAAUGUUUCUGCUCAUACUACCCAUUUAGUUGGUUCUGCACUAUCUUCUCCAUAUUUAUCUUUAGCUGCAGGUAUGAAUGGUCUUGCAGGUCCAUUACAUGGUCGUGCUAAUCAAGAAGUUUUAGAAUGGUUAUUUAAAUUAAGAGAAUCAGUUCACGGUGAUUAUUCAAAGGAAACUAUUGAAAAAUAUUUAUGGGAUACUUUAAAUUCAGGUAGAGUUAUCCCAGGUUAUGGACAUGCUGUCUUAAGAAAGACUGAUCCACGUUACACAGCUCAACGUGAAUUUGCAUUAUCUCAUUUCCCAGAUUAUGAAUUAUUUAAAUUAGUUUCUGCUGUUUAUGAAACUGCACCAAAAGUUCUAACUAAACAAGGUAAGACAAAGAAUCCAUGGCCAAAUGUGGAUUCUCAUUCUGGUGUUCUAUUACAAUAUUAUGGUUUAACUGAAGCCUCCUUCUAUACUGUCUUAUUUGGUGUUGCAAGAGCCUUUGGUGUUUUACCACAAUUAAUUAUUGACAGAGCUGUUGGUGCAUCAAUUGAAAGACCAAAAUCUUUCUCAACUGAAAAGUUUAUGGAAUUAGUUAAAUCUAUUGAAUCUAAGAAAUAG